CAUGCACCGACUCUAAAAUCAUCAUUCACAUACACAUGUUUAGUUCUUGAGCCUCUAAUUGGUUAUAACAGCAAACAGUGUCAGAUAAGUACUGCUCUUCUUGAAAUGUGGACUAUAGGCGCAAUAUGACUCACUACAUUGUGUUGGUGCGGGAAUACAUGUGCUGUUAUGGCCACCAGGGCCGGAUCCAGAGGGGGGUUAAGGGGGUUCAGGGAGUUGCAACCCCCUCUUUUCCAAUUGGCGUGGUUCAAUAAUUUUAUAUAAUUUCAUUAGAAAAGAGAAAAUUAGUAAUGCUAUAAAUAACUGCUACCAGGUGAACCCCCUCUUUCAAAAAUUCCUCGAUCCGGCCUUGGGCCACGUAUCAAUUAGUGUGAGUUUAACUCUUUAAUUAAUAACAAACAUCAGAGACAAAUGCAUAGGAGGGUAUGAAACCCACAUAUUGUCACACGGCUCCUCAGCUGAAGCUAAGUCUUUGUUUCACGGCUUUGUGCAUGGCUCCUAUUCGAACAUUUCGUAAUUAAUGUUUUCAGCAAGAACCGUCUUGUCUAAUUAAAUAAUUAACAGCCCUCUACCCUCUAGUUCGAUAGAGCUACAGUCUUGCUGAGACCACGCGCGGAGUGUACUUCUUUCUAUUAGCUUCUCGACGAUAAUUUAGAGAUUGAUUGACAUACAGAGAGACGGUUUUUCCAAUAGAGAUAGAGACAGAGCGCCGUCAUUUUGAAGCCAUGUUCAGUUGUGGUUUACAUUUAUAUAAUGAUAUCUUGUAGUUUGUCAGGGCAGAGGACUCUCACUUCAACAGUUAGCUGAUUUCGACAAGGAGCAAUGCAAUGUUAUCGAGGGUUCAUUAAUCGUGGACGGAGCUAGUAGUGGGGCUAGCACACAACCCACCGCGCUCAGCAGUAUCGUGGAAAUCACAGGAAAUCUUUUCGUGAAGCAUUUGAACAGAGUUGUAGACAACGUGGGACAAAUUUUACCAAAUCUGGCUGUAAUCAGAGCAAACCCAUAUUAUCGACACUUUGAAAUACAUUCCGGACUUUCAAUCACAAACAAUUUAUAUUUGAAAAGUAUCACUCUCACUAAUUUGACUCAUAUUCUGGGAAACAACAUUCAAUCAUACUUUUUGGAAAACAAGCAAUUGCAAUAUAUCGAUACAGUAGACUGGAAAGCUAUUUUUAAUAAGAGUGACAACGUGCAACCAUAUAGUCAGAAUAAUGGUGGUAAGCUAGGAGUUUGCCCUACAGAAUGUGGGAAUCGUUGUUGGAACGAAAUGACCUGCCAAAAGCGUUUGCGUCAAGAUUGCUGGGCAGUGGACAGUGAGGGAAACUGUACAUGUCAUGACGAGUGCUUGUCAUCGUGCAAUGGCACAACUGCUCGAGACUGCUUAACUUGCAGGCAUUUUUACUACGAAGGACGAUGCGUUUCGAAUUGUCCUAGAAGUACGGCCAUUCUUGCUGGCUGGAGGUGUGUAGACGUAUGUCCUGAUACUGUCCCUGGCUUUUCUCAGAAGCAGAAGACGUCGCGUCGAAUGUACAAAUUGAACGGUGAAUGCGUGUUUGAUUGUCCUCACAACUACAAAGGAACUAACAAGAGGACAUGUGUCUUAUGCCAAUCCACGGACAGCAAUUGUAAUCGAUACUGUGAAGGUGGUGAAAUACGAUUACUAGCUGAUGCUGAAAGGUUUGAAAAUUGUACUCACGUCAAUGGUAGUCUGUUGAUCAAUAUUGCUACUCAAGGUAACGAAGAGAAUCGAUUGAAAAAUUAUCUUGGCCGUAUUGAACAUGUAUCUGGCUACGUUGUCAUUCUCAAUUGUCCGACUCUUCGUCGAUUACAAUUUCUUAACAAUUUGACGUCGAUUCGUGGAGAUUCAUUAUGGCAGUUAGGAGAGACUUAUUAUGGACUAGCCAUAGUUGGAAACAAGAACCUUGGUGUUCUACCUUGGGGAAACCGAAACAAACCUUUCUUUUACGGACGGAUAGAUGUGCGCAUAGCUGUCUACAAUAACGCUUUGCUUUGCGAGAAGAGCAUUAAUACGUUGGACAACCUAGUUCCAUAUGCUGUUGACCAGUGGGACAACGGUCUCUAUGCAGCCUGCAAUGUGAAGCAACUCACUAUUAAUGUUGCUAACGGAGAUAACUACAUUGACUUGCAUUGGUAUGGCGUCCCAGGUAACAGUGAGGCAGGUAAAAGCUUACUUGGAUACAACAUAAAUUGGUACAGAGAGAGUAAUGGGAUGUCCAGCUUGCAAACGGAUCUAAACGAUUACAGCUACAACGAGCACGACCCACUCUGUACCAAUCCGCACUGGACAAGAGUGGAAGUAGGCAACAGAACAAGCUAUCCACUGUGUCCUAACCCGUAUUCUGAAAUGAUCGACUGCUGGUAUGCAACAGUGUUUUAUGUUCAAGCCGAAUUUGCUAAGCGCAACGUCUACUAUCAAAGCGACAAGAUACGCAUACCAGGAUACAUUCAAGUUCCGUCCUCUCCCACUGACGUCCAAACAAGUGAAGGGAUGCACAAUGUAACUGUUGAAUGGUCACCCCCUUUGCAUCGUUUUGAGAAUGUGACGGGAUAUCGGAUAGUGUUAGUCCGGAGUGAUGAAAAAAUAACUGGAAACAGAAAGUCGUCCGCCAGACGUACCGCUAAAUGCAUGCGCAGUGAUAACAACCCUGUCGACUGUCUGGACACAUCUCUUAAUCGGAGUUAUCCGUGUAUUCACGAUAUGACAAAUGAUGUAUUACAGCAAGUCGGUCUUGAUAGUUGCAAUGGCAGCCAUUGUAAAGUAGAUAUUACAGGACUGGAGCAUUUUGUUGGCUAUGCGAUGAAAAUUCAAGCAGUGAGUGAUGCUGGUUGUGGUUUUGUACAGGAGACAACUGUGUUUAGAACAAAAGCAGAUUGUUCUAUGGAUAAGGUGCCAUAUUUGAAUGUGUCUGUUAUCCGUUUGACCAAGUCAUCCUCAACUGUCAAUGUGUUGGUGAAUUGGAUGAGACCGUCACGCCCUAAUGGAGGUAGCGUAUCCUCAUAUAACAUCGGCAUUCUAUACAAACGACUUUCAGAUGACGAACAGAACAAUACAACAUCUAAUACAUCUGUUGAUCCGGAAGAACAAUGUAAAAAUGGGUCCAGAUACAACAGGAAGUGGAGGCACCUUUGUAUAAUUACGUCAGAUAACGCUACGAAUUUUAGGAACUUUACUCUGCCCUGGGUUUGUCAACAAAAUAAUCAGACGUAUACAGUUGAAAUUCUAGUAAAUUCAAAUGCAACAACGUGUAACAAACGUACACAGGGUAAGUCGCGUACAGCCAGCAUAAAUGUAACUUUUAAUUGCUCUCGAGACGAAGGGAAUCCCGACGAUGUCCUCAUCAAAACUGUUCCACCCAUGGUUUUCACCUGUUUUCUAAUUGCUGUUGUGGCCACGUGGUGCGUUCAUCGAUUGAAGCGUCACAAACGUCUGCUAAAAGAACGAUUAGAACUAGUGUCUCAUUUGUACGUGAGUAUAACACACGAGGCAGGAAUGCUCUUUACUAAUACUUAUACACCUGAUGAUUGGGAGAUCAAGCGAGAAGACGUUGUGUUAGAAAAUGAGCUGGGAAGUGGUGCGUUUGGUUUAGUCUAUCGUGGAACGUGGCAAAUGAAUCUUGAUCAGAAACCACUAGAUGUAGCUGUGAAGACAUUGAGUGGCAAGUCAAGUGAUGAAGAUCGACUUUCAUUCUUAAACGAAGCUUCCAUUAUGAAGAACUUCGAAAGUGACCACAUCGUUCGAUUGUUGGGAAUUGUGUCGAUUGGUGAACCUGUCAUGGUCGUGAUGGAACUGAUGGUUAAUGGUGAUCUAAAAGGAUACCUUCGAUCUCUUCGAACAGACGAUGGAGAAAAGCCAAUUUUUGAAGAGUUUCCAUUACUUGAGGAUGAGCUGCUUCAGUUUGCCGUCCAGAUUGCAAGUGGUAUGGCUUAUUUAGCAGAGAAGAAAUUCAUUCAUCGUGAUCUGGCAGCACGUAACUGCAUGGUGGAUAAAGACAUUUUUGUUAAAAUUGGAGAUUUUGGUUUAACACGUGAUGUAUAUGAAACUGACUAUUACAGGAAGAGAGGCUCUGGUCCUCUCCCUAUCAGAUGGAUGUCUCCGGAAUCGCUACGGGAUGGUGUUUUUGGUCAUCCUUCUGAUGUUUGGUCAUUCGGUAUUGUGCUGUGGGAAAUAGCAACUCUGGCAAUGCAGCCAUACACUGGGAUGAGCAACAGUGAUGUACUCGAAUUUGUUGUUGGAGGUGGAGUAAUGGAGCUGACAGAAAUGGCACAUGCCCCCAGUGCUUACAAGAAACUUAUGGAGCAAUGCUGGCGUUUUAACACAUCAGACAGACCAACAUUUGAGACAAUCUUGAGUCAGCUUCCGUCACUUCUUCCCAACGGCCUCGUCAUCCAGGUCUGAUUUUGACAGUACGUCGUUCAAUCAUAACAUCGUAGAAAAAGAGGUAUCCGGUCAGGUGCUAGCUUUACUUUUCAUGGUAUAUUAGUUAUACAUGUUAUAGACUGUAUGCAGAAUUUAGGGUACAUAUUGUAGAGAUGGAGUCUUCUAGCAAAAUGUAGGGUAUUGUAUAGAUACGUACUGCUACUUGUUGCAGCAAUUAGUGAGAGGGCUUGUUGCAUUUUAAUUAAUUUUCCAUUAGAAUGUCUAGCGGCAGCCAA